UGCGGCACGGCGUGGAGAGCCCUUUGUUUGAGUUAAAUUCAGCCCUCUCGGUGUGUCACCUGACAGUCUUGUGGCUUCGGAUGAAUAUGGCUCACUGCUAUUAUUAACCUGAGCUGGCAGCCGGGCGCAACGGGAGUUGAUAGGGAUUUGGGAAAGUGGAGCCGCUCGGGGGACAAAGAUGCUUCCCAGCUGGCCUUUGCCGGAGUUCGACCCAAGUCAGAUCCGACUGAUUGUGUAUCAGGACUGCGAGAGAAGAGGACGGAAUGUCUUGUUCGACUCCAGUGCUAAAAGGAAAAUAGAGGAUGUUUCUGUGUCGAAACUCUGCAGCGAUGCUCAGGUGCGAGUGUUUGGGAAAUGUUGCCAGCUGAAGCCUGGAGGAGAUAGCUCUUCUUCUUUGGAUAGUUCAAUCAAUUCAUCCUCCUCAUUCUCCGAUGCAAAAGAGCAAUGUCCAAAAUAUCAGGGCUCUCGGUGCUCCUCAGAUGCCAACAUGCUUGGAGAGAUGAUGUUUGGCUCUGUGGCCAUGAGCUAUAAGGGCUCCACAUUGAAAAUUCACCAGAUCCGCUCACCUCCUCAGCUCAUGCUCAGCAAGGUUUUCACAGCUCGCACUGGAAGCAGCAUCUAUGGAAGUCUGAAUACGUUGCAGGACAGUCUUGAGUUCAUUAAUCAGGACAGCAAUACAUUAAAGCCCGACCACAGUACAAUUAUGAACGGACUUCUUGGGAAUAUAGGUCUUUCACAGCUUUGCAGCCCCAGGCGGGCAUUCUCUGAACAAGGUCCGCUCCGCCUGAUCCGGAGCGCCUCUUUCUUUGCAGUUCACAGCAACCCUAUGGAUAUGCCUGGGAGGGAGCAGAAUGAGGACAGAGACAGCGGUAUAGCAAGAUCUGCAUCUCUUAGCAGCCUGCUCAUCACUCCGUUUCCAUCUCCGGGCUCCUCGUUCAACAAAAGCUGUGCCAGCAGUUACCAGAGGCGUUGGCGGCGCAGCCAGACGACCAGCUUGGAGAACGGGGUCUUCCCUCGAUGGUCCAUGGAUGAAAGCUUCAACUUGUCAGAUGACAGCUCUGGUCCCAGCCCAGGAAUCGUUAGGAAGAAGAAGAUAGCAAUCGGAGUUAUCUUUUCACUCUCAAGAGACGAAGAUGAAAACAACAAGUUUAAUGAAUUCUUCUUCUCACACUUCCCACUUUUUGAAAGUCACAUGAACAAACUCAAGAGUGCAAUAGAACAGGCUAUGAAAAUGAGUCGUAGAUCAGCUGAUGCCAGUCAGCGGAGUUUGGCAUAUAACAGAAUUGUUGAUGCCCUCAAUGAAUUCAGAACGACUAUUUGCAACCUGUACACCAUGCCACGGAUUGGGGAGCCCGUCUGGCUUACCAUGAUGUCAGGGACUCCGGAGAAGAACCAACUGUGCCACCGCUUCAUGAAGGAAUUCACCUUCUUGAUGGAAAAUGCUGCAAAAAAUCAGUUUUUACCAGCUCUCCUGACUGCAGUGCUGACUAACCACCUGGCCUGGGUCCCUACGGUCAUGCCCAAUGGACAGCCACCUAUACGAAUCUUCUUGGAAAAGCAUUCUUCCCAGAGCGUGGACAUGCUGGCCAAAACUCACCCAUACAACCCCCUGUGGGCACAGCUUGGUGACUUGUAUGGGGCUAUUGGAUCACCUGUGAGAUUAGCCAAAACAGUUGUGGUUGGCAAAAGGCACGAUCUGGUACAGAGGCUGCUUUAUUUCCUCACUUACUUCAUCAGAUGCUCAGAACUUCAGGAGACACAUCUGCUAGAAAAUGGGGAAGAUGAAGCCAUAGUCAUGCCUGGAACUGUUAUAACAACCACGCUGGAGAAAGGAGAAGUAGAAGAAUCAGAGUAUGUGCUUGUCACAAUGCACAAGAACAGGGGUAACUUGCUACCAAAGGAGUCUGAGGAAAUGAGAACUCCUAACUGUAGCUGUAAAAACUGCAAAUGCCCAAUUUCUCUUGCACAAAACAUAGAAGAUGUUUCACAGCAAGAGAGAGAAGACGCACAAAACACUCCUAAGGUGGAGCUGGAAACUUCUUCGGAUGAGAGCAGAACUAUUGUUCCUGAUGAUGGUCAGGAAGAUGCUGCUGAUGGUCACCAACUGAGAACCUGCCAGGACACUAAACUAGAGAGCGUGGUGUGCACAGGGUCACCAGAAAAACGUGUGUUGGCAGAAUCUGGUUUGGAAGCAACAGCAAGCAUAUGGAGGAAUGAAGACGUGCUGGAAGCGGGCAGCCAGGCGAUGGGUGCGACGAGGUCACCCGGUAUAGCUGUGGAGAAGAAGCCUCCAGAUAAGCUCUUCUGUGAUGCAUUUCCUUGCAGUGCUGCUGAAGCUCAGACAAAGGUGACUUUCCUCAUCGGAGACUCCAUGUCACCUGACUCAGACAUCGAGCUCAGAAGCCAGGCAGUCGUGGAACAAAUUGCCAGGCACCACAGCCCGCCGGCAGCGGAGGAAGGAGUGUCUGCUGAUCAGAACUGUGAAGCUAAACAAACUGUUGAGGACCAAAAUAGAGACUGUGGGACAGCUGAACCCUUUCCUCAAGUUGCUAGUGAGCAUCAGAGCUGGAAUCCAAAUGCAUACAACGCUGAGAGCAUGAGUCUGUUUGAUGACAAUUUUACUGAGGAUGGCUCGGUUGAAACCCGGACUAUGGAUGAUCUUCCAGGGCAAGCAGCUGCAGAGCUUCUCACUCACAACAGCAGUUUAGAGUUUUCUAAAAAGCUGUGUACAAAGACUAGCAAACCACCUAGCGAAUUCUGUAAAUUUAUGGACUCUGUUCGACAGGAGACCUACAAAAACUGCUUUGCUGAGCAGGACCAAAGAGAGAAAAUCUCUAUUCGUGUCCCCCAUGGGGACAGAGAAAACACAGAGAAAAAGGUGGCCCCGGGAAUUGAUUGGGACAUUCCAAGAAAUGAGAGCUCAGACAGCGCCCUGGGUGACAGUGAAAGCGAGGAUACAGGUCACGAGCUAACCAGACCAAGCAGUAACUACUAUGGAGGAGAGCAAGAAGACUGGGCAGAAGAAUAUGAGAUUCCUUUUCCUGGGUCAAAACUAGUUGAAGUGAACUCUGUCCAGCCCAGUAUUGCCAAUUUUGGACGAUCCUUACUAGGAGGCUACUGCUCAUCUUACGUCCCCGACUUUGUUCUGCAAGGAAUAGGAAGCGAUGAAAAGCUGAGACACUGUUUGGUGUCAGAUCUGUCUCAUGCUGUGCAGCAUCCCGUUCUGGAUGAACCGAUCGCAGAAGCUGUCUGCAUUAUUGCAGACACAGACAAAUGGACAGUGCAGGUGGCCAGCAGCCAGAGGCGGAUGAUUGAUAACAAGCUGGGCAAAGAAGUAUUGGUCUCCAGUCUCGUCUCUAACCUGCUUCAUUCCACUCUUCAGCUUUACAAGCAUAAUCUAUCUCCAAACUUUUGUGUCAUGCACCUGGAGGAUCGGCUGCAGGAGCUCUAUUUCAAAAGCAAGAUGCUGUCUGAAUAUCUCAAGGGCCAGAUGAGAGUUCACGUCAAGGAGCUGGGCGUUGUGCUGGGGAUUGAAUCCAGCGACCUCCCUUUGCUGGCAGCUGUAGCGAGCACUCACUCUCCAUACGUCGCCCAGAUACUGCUCUAAAAUGCCAGAGAGAGCAAAGACGUUUCCUUUUCUUUUUCCCCUUGAAAACAAAGUGGAAGACAACUUGUUCUGGCUGCUUUCUCUUUGCAGCCACUCCCGGAGCCGCAGCAUCUCCAUGUUGGGUGGAUGGUUGGACUGGAUGGUCUCGGAGGCCUUUUCCAACCUCAGCAAUUCUAUGAUAUAUGACUGCACAUUAUGCAAACCAAUGGAGGAUUUUCCUCUCCCACUUGAUCUUUUAUUUAGAAAAAAAAAAAGGAUAAAGAAAGGAAAACAGGAAAAUGAGGAAGCCCAAGUUUUCAGCUGCAGAAAAGUGAAGAUUUUGGCGAAAGCUGAAAAUGUGCAUUUUUAACCAGUUUCUGCCACAAUGACUCACUGUAAUUUAUCCUGGGGAACCCAAGGAAGAACUGCUUUCAGUAAUAUUUGAUGCUAUUGCCAAUUACAAACUUAAAAAGCAAAGGCAGCAGCUCCCCUCAGACCCAGAUCUCUCAUUCUCAAGCUGCGACGAUUUGUAAACAACUUCUACUUUUUCAUGUAAUAGUCGAAUUCUGGAUGCUUCCCUGAGGAAGAACAAAGGGUGGAGGGUUGGUUUGUUUUGUAAAAAGCUCAUUAAUGGCACUCAGCUCCAACAUUUAUUUAUGAUCAUUCUCCUGGGGAGAGGAAACGGUGGGGAUGUAUGGGGACAGGGAGGGGGAGGUAGGAAAGGGCCACCAGGCACCUGCGGGGGGAUUCUCUCUUGACUGGAUGUUGUAACCAGUAUUACAUGUUUAUAAUGUUUAAAUGUUGCUUUGUAUUCAGUAAUGCUUUUUUUUGACAACAUAAUCAAAAUCUUACAAAGGAAAAAAAAAAAGAGAGAGGCUGAAGUUUCCCCACAGGCCCCAGAGCACCACGACUAUUACCUCUGACUUUUGUAUGGUCUGUAAUGGCCUAUGAUGUUCUUGCAACUCCGACUCUUUUUACAGCAGUCAGUCAGCUAUUGAAAUAAUGAGCUGGAAGUCACUGAACCAAAGCAUUGGGAAGAAAGUGAACAGACUAUUACCCUUCAUUGCUCAGGUAACUAAUUGAUAUAUUUUUUAAAACCGUUCUAUAAAAAAUGAACAUUGAUUACACCAUAGUAUAGAAAAACCCAAAUCAUUUUUGGACAGAGUAUCCCCUCGAUGCAGAUGGCUCUAAUCCCUUUUCUACUCACUUGUGUAAUUACCAGCAGGAAAUGUUGUUUAUUUUAUUCUCAGCAUUUCUCCUUGACUCAGCCAUCACUGUUUUGUCAUUGUAUAUACAAUAGUUGUAAGAAUAGCUGAUGGAACCAGUCUGGUGUAAGUAAUGUAAAUAUACAGUGGUAGGUGGAUUAUGUUUUCAAAGGCUCUACUACCUCAGUUUAACUGGACACUUCAUUUAGCCUUUUCUUUGCUUAUUUGUCCUAGCAGCCAAUUAACGUCGCUGAUUUUAGGUUCUGUUUCCACUGAUUACAUUCAGUAUAUUGGGAUUCAUGGAUUACUCACAGAAGUAGGAGGUAUGUGUUCGCUCGGUCACUAAGCUGCAUAAACAGUUCUAUAAAUAUAUCAUUCUGUAAUCAUAUUUUCAAUAGUAUAGCACGCCUUCUAUUGUUGUUUGCAGAGUUAUUUUAAAUACAAUCUAUUAUAAACUUGAAAACAAUAGGAGAGAUCCUUGCCCCACUGCUGUCAAUGUCAAAACUCUCCUUCCUUCCUCUGCUGGGGCCAGGCUUCACCCAGGCUGUUGUUCAGCAGCAUUUAAAGCCUGCAGCUGAGGGCUCCGUUCCAGGGAUGAGCCCUGGAACUCAGGGCAUCCCCUGAGUUUCCAUGUAGGACUGAGCCUACAUGAGUCCGUAACCCCACCUCGGAUCCAGGCAGUGUCACCUGAAGCUCCUUUGUAUAUAAAAUCCAGUGCUGACUGCUGCAGGGAAGAAACUCGUGUUUGUUGUGUGAUCCGAGGAUACAUUUCUCCCGUCCUGUCCAUGUCCUCCCUUCGCCACACAACUGCAUCACAUCUGGCUUCUGGAUGGAGCACACGACGUCGGGGCCCGGUUGUGUCAACACAUUUGCAAUGAGAUGCAGGCUGGAGCUCAGCAGCUGAGCUUUGGCUCUGCGCUCUGACCCAGCACAGCGAGGGGGCACCGAGAUCCCGGCAGCCUCGGGGAUGUGCUCAGAGUGCAAUGCGUGCUCUCCUUUUCCCCAUCUCUCGGUGAACUGUGGGGGUUGGAGGCUCCCAGGUACGAGCAGAGCGCGGUACGUCCACCUGCAACAGUGCAAAAAGGGAACUGUACAGGACUGGAGCACUGGAACUUAAAAUUACGCCACAACUGUUUCAUGUGAAUAGAAAACUAAUGUGUUUGGGUUCUUUUUCUCCACUACUACCGAUCUCCAUUAACAUGUCUUAAUUUUCGGGCUGAAAACUAAGUGUUCUAGGCACGCGGAUUAGCACAUUUCUUUGUGUUGCAGUUGGCAAACACGGGGCUGCUAAGAACAAAAAAUAUUUAAAAGAACGGAUUUUACCCCUUGCCUAUGUUUUCUCUGUUAGUUACUAUAGAUGUUUUAUGACAAUUUUUUUGCUUUCUCUAAAUUAUUUAGAUGGUGGUACUUGUAAAAUGCUGGGUAAAAUGUACAUACUUGUUAUCUCUUCUGUUUUUGUACAUAUUUCUCAAGAUGUGCACUUGUAUUAUAAUAACCAUUCCCGAUUUUAGGGGAAAUUUGUGCAAUAAAAACAGUAUGUCAAUUUA